GGGCCGCCGUCCCUUCCGGGGAGCGGGGAGCGGGAAGCCGCCGCGUCCGCCGGGCGGCUCCCACCCCGCCCCCCGCAGCUUUGGGUGACGCGUCUCCCAUAACAGCUCGCCGCGAGCCGCCGCUCGGGCACAGCCGGCGCCCGCGCCCCGCCACCACUAUGUGGGCCGAGGGCCUCGGCGGCCUGGAGCGCUUCUGCAGCCCGGGCAAGGGCCGGGGGCUGCGGGCUCUGGAGCCCUUCCAGGUGGGGGAUUUGCUGUUCUCCUGCCCGGCCUACGCCUACGUGCUCACAGUCAACGAGCGGGGCAACCACUGCGAAUACUGCUUCGCCAGGAAAGAAGGAUUGUCCAAAUGUGGAAGAUGCAAGCAGGCAUUUUACUGCAAUGUGGAGUGUCAGAAAGAAGAUUGGCCCAUGCACAAGCUGGAAUGUUCUCCCAUGGUUGUUUUUGGGGAAAACUGGAAUCCCUCGGAGACUGUAAGACUCACAGCAAGGAUUCUGGCCAAACAGAAAAUCCACCCAGAGAGAACACCUUCAGAAAAAUUGUUAGCUGUGAAGGAGUUUGAAUCACAUCUGGAUAAGUUAGACAAUGAGAAGAAGGAUUUGAUUCAGAGUGACAUUGCUGCUCUCCAUCACUUUUACUCCAAGCAUCUUGAAUUCCCGGACAAUGAUAGCCUCGUAGUACUCUUUGCACAGGUUAACUGCAAUGGCUUCACAAUUGAAGAUGAAGAACUUUCUCAUUUGGGAUCAGCGAUAUUUCCUGAUGUUGCAUUGAUGAAUCAUAGCUGUUGCCCCAAUGUCAUUGUGACCUACAAAGGGACCCUGGCAGAAGUCAGAGCUGUACAGGAAAUCAGCCCGGGAGAGGAGGUUUUUACCAGCUAUAUUGAUCUCCUGUACCCAACAGAAGAUAGGAAUGACCGGCUAAGAGAUUCUUAUUUCUUUACCUGUGAGUGCCAGGAGUGUACCACCAAGGACAAGGAUAAGGCCAAGGUGGAAAUCCGUAAGCUCAGUGAUCCCCCAAAGGCGGAAGCCAUCCGAGACAUGGUCAGAUAUGCUCGCAACGUCAUCGAAGAGUUCCGGAGGGCCAAGCACUACAAAUCCCCUAGUGAGCUGCUGGAGAUCUGCGAGCUCAGCCAGGAGAAGAUGAGCUCCGUGUUUGAGGACAGUAACGUGUACAUGUUGCACAUGAUGUACCAGGCCAUGGGUGUCUGCUUGUACAUGCAGGACUGGGAAGGAGCCCUGCAAUACGGACAGAAAAUCAUUAAGCCCUACAGUAAGCACUAUCCUUUGUACUCGCUCAACGUGGCCUCCAUGUGGUUGAAGCUAGGGAGACUCUACAUGGGCCUGGAACACAAAGCCGCCGGGGAGAAAGCCCUGAAGAAGGCCAUUGCAAUCAUGGAAGUAGCUCACGGCAAAGAUCAUCCAUAUAUUUCUGAGAUCAAACAGGAAAUUGAGAGCCACUGAAACUAUACAACAUUUCAGUUUUCAUUUAAUGCUUAGUUCAGAAACCUUAAAGGACUUGAAUAUUGCAAAUCGCACACAUCACUCCAGCAUUUCUGUAAAAUAAUUGGAAUGAAAAAUACUUCUUGCACUUAAUGCACAUGCCAUCCUUUGAGAUUAGUCUUAAUCUUGAACGUUAAUAUCAAAUUAAUUUUGAAUGCUUUUGUUUCCAAGAGGUAAUGGCAUGGUUUCAUUUACUUUAGACAGACCAAGUUUUGAAAAUCCAAUUAUUUUUCCUUUCAUGCCUCUUGUAAUGUUCUGAACAAACUUGAAUGAUGAAAGAAAAUAAAAGAGAUACCAGUA